UAAAAACGGCGUUAUUAGGGAAAGAUAAGGGCAGGAGGGCGGUCAGCUGAUUCUCGUUCGUAUUGAUCUUGUGACACGGCGGAAGAAAGAUUUUGUAAACAAGGCAGAAGCAAGAUGUCGGGAAAGGACAAGAUUAAUAUUUUCCCCUCCAGAGGAGCCCUGAUGCAGAUGAAGGCUCGUCUGGCGGGGGCUCAGAAGGGCCAUUCACUCUUGAAGAAGAAGGCCGAGGCUUUGCAGAUGCGUUUCCGGCAGGUCCUCGCUAGGAUUGUGGAGACGAAGACCCUGAUGGGAGACCUGAUGAAAGAUGCGGCAUUUUCACUCGCUGAGGCUAAGUUCGCUUCGGGCGGGGACUUCAACCAGGGCGUCCUGCAGAACGUGACCAAGGCGCGCAUCAAGAUCCGCAGCAGGAUGGACAAUGUGGCCGGUACCAACAUCCCCGUGUUUGAGUGCUUCGAGGACGGCGUUGAUACGUACGAGUUGACGGGGCUGUCUCGGGGCGGGCAGCAGAUGGCCAAACUCAAGAUUAACUACAAGAGAGCCAUAGAGUUGCUGGUCCUGUUGGCAUCCCUACAGGUCUCCUUCAUCACCUUGGACAAUGUGCUGAAGAUUACAAACAGGAGGGUGAACGCGAUUGAGCAUGUCAUCAUUCCAAGAUACGAACGCACCCUGGCCUACAUCCUGACCGAGCUUGACGAACUUGAGCGCGAGGAGUUCUACCGCCUCAAGAAGAUCCAGGAGAAGAAGAAGGCCAUCAGGGACAAGGCGGAGGUGGAGCGGCUGCGUCUGAAGGCCAUCGGUGUCGCCAAGGAGCUGGCAGAUGCCGAGGCCGGGAACAUAUUCGACGACAACAAUGAGGAGGAUUUGCUGUUCUGAGGAGGUUCCGAUUCUCUGUUGAUGGUGUUGUAAUAUAUGUGUUAUUUUAAAGGGAGAGAGAGUGUGUUAAGGGUGUGUAUAGAUGAUAGAAGUGGAAAAUAGAUGAGAUAGAGGUGGUGGGAUAUGCAUGUGUUAUUCCAGAGAGAGAGAGAGAAGGAGAAAGGAUGUGUUAGCAAUGAGAAAAGAUACUGAUGAUGGUGUUGUAAUAUAUAUAUAUGUGUUAUUUUAAAGGGAGAGGGAGCGUGUUAAGGGUGUGUAUAGAUGAUAGAAGUGGAAAAUAGAUGAGAUAGAGGUGGUGGGAUAUGCAUGUGUUAUUCCAGAGAGAGAGAGAGAGGAAGAGAGUGUGUGUUAGCAAUGAGAAAAAGAUUAAGCAUCGAGGAAAAUGUAAAUUCUGGGCAUAAAUUGAAGGAAAGUCGCCGAUAAUUGUUGCGAUAUGAAAAAACACGUUACUAAAGGUUGUAAUGUAAAGAAAAGUACUUAAUAAUGACCCUGAUAUGUAGAAAAGAUGUUAAUAUAGAGAUUUUUGAAAGGGGGGAAGAGAGAGAGAGAGAGAGAGAGAGAGAGAGGGGAUGUUAGCUGCUGACAAGAAGUUAGCAAGGAAGAAUAGAUGAAUUAAUAUAGAAGAGUUGGUAACACUGUUUUAUGGGAGAGAGAGGAAGAGAGUAGAGAUUUGAGCAAUGAAUAAUAGAUGAAAUAGUGCGAGCGAGCGAGCGAGAAGUAAAGUAAAGAAAACUAUAAUGGAAUAAACUUAAGAUAGACAAAAAGAUGAAAAAAUAAAUUAGCAAGAUGUAGAAAGAUGAAGAUGUGAAAACAGACCAAAAAAUAUGAAUAAAAAAUAAUUAAAAAAUGGAAUGUGGUAUAAAGAGAGAGAGAGAGAGAGAGAGAGAGAGAGAGAGAGAGAGAGAGAGAGCAGUGUUGUCGCCUAAUGUCCUUGUGGUAUAUAUAAUGUUCGUCUGUGUGUUAUUUUCUGGGUUAGAGAGAAUAUGUAAACCAACCAACACGCACACAUUAUAGAAAGUAGACAUUUUGGGGGGUACUGAAGCAUAGUGGAAUUAGCCUAGUGUUGUGUAUUUCAGUUAGUAUGUUCUCCUUCCAUGAGAUGCAAGUAAUUUUGAAUAAACACAUGUCUUAUAUCUCUCUUAGGGGUUGGUUGGCUACAGCAUUCCACAGUUAGUCUGUUGUGGAGCAUAUUGGUCUUAUCUUGGGUUGUCAGUUGAGAUAACAUUGUUUUUGUUUAUCCCAUCAGAGACUUUUAAAAAUAUGUGUCCACUGUAUAUAGAUUGUAUUAAAGAAUUGUACGGU